AUGAUAUAGUUGGUUCCAACAAUUAAUAACAAAAAGCUGGGAUUACAUAAAUAUAUUUCUUAAUAUCUCUUGGCUGAUCUAAUUUUCCUAAUGGUAUUUUUUGGUGCUGAAGCAUAAACUGAAUUUAGUUAAUCCUUUUUUACUCCAUUUAAUAAUGAUGAUGGUAAAUCAGUAAAGCUAUUUUUAGGCUGGUAUACUUUUUUAGGUUGUAAUACUAACCAUAUUACUAACUGUCCAACUGGUGAUAUUUUUGGAGGACCAUUAAUAUUUGGAUACGAGACAGCUAUAACAAAAACAAUUUAACUUCCACCUCAUUUUAAACUAGCAUUUUAAUUCAAAUUUUGGAGGUUAAGUAUUUAUAAAUAUGAUUUUAGAUUAGAUCCUUGGACUGGGUCGUCAUAUUAUUUAAUAAUUGAUGAAGUUGUUGCAUUUUCAGCUCAUCCAAUUAUAUCAACUGGAACUUAGAUUUGUGGAAGUGGUACUCUUGGAUAAGUUUAUUAAAUUAACAGUGAGAUUUAGCAUAAUAGUAUUUGUGCUAUAAUAACAAUAAAAUCUCUAUAAGCAGCAGCAUCUUGGGGGAUUUCAGAUUUUAAGAUGUUCGUUUAUAAAUGUUCAAAAGGAUGUCAUUCUUGUGAUUCUAAUGGAAUUUGUAUAAUUUGGAACAGAGUUCUUGUAUAUUUUGCAAAUGCAAUUAUUACAGAUACUUCAGGGUGGAAAAAAGAUAAUUUUCCUUUUCCUGGUUUGGAUACAUGUGGAAGUAAUUCUAUAAAUAUAGUCUAGGCUUUUAAUAUUAUGGAAAAUUUUUGAGAACAGAAGUAGCAUCAAUCAACUUAAAUUUGGAUGCUCCCCAUACUAAGGUAAGAAUUUAAUUUAAAUUUUUUUGUGUUUAUAUUACUGGAGCUGUUCAAUUAUAAGUAAUGGGAAAUGGUGUGGUGUUAUUUAGAGAUUAUGCUAAUCUCUAUAUUUUUAUUAAUACUAUGACAGUUUGUGGAUCUUAUCUUAAAAUAGGAACAAUUGAAAUACCUGAAUUUUAAUUUAGUAGUCAAACUUUGAGUUUAAGUAUUGAAAUUCUAUCAUGUUCAACUGUAUCUACAAAUACGCCUUUUUAUGGCAUUAGAGAUUUCGAAAUAUUUACAGAUGCUGAAAAGGAGAAUAUUGAAGAUGAAAAUAUAAUUUGCGACGAUAAAAAUAUUAUAGCUUUUGAUGGAUGUUUUAUAUAGCAAUAUGAUUGUAUUGAAGGAUGUAGUCAUUGUGUUAAAGGCCAAUGUAUGAAUUGUGAAUAAUAUUGGAUCUUUGAUAUAAUAUCUUAAAAAUGUAUGCCUCUAUGUGGAGAUCAAAUUAUUGUAUCAUAAGAAGAAUGUGAUGACGGUAAUCUAUAACCUUUUGAUGGAUGUUUUAAUUGCUAAUUUUCAUGUCCAUUAAAUUGUAGUAUUUGUUCAUAUGGCUAAUGUUUAAAAUGCAAUUCUGAAUUUUAAUUAAGAUUUAAUAAUUGUGAGUUAUUAAUUUGUGACAUAGAAGAUAGCUCAAAACUUAUUAGAUUUGAAACUUAAAAUGAGAUUGGGUAAUAUUGCCAUUUGUCUAAUUUUCAGUUUAAAUUAUAUGAACAACAUGUUAUAAUGAAUUAAGAUAAUAAUUUAUUUAAUAAUGAAGUAUAAUGCUAAAUAGAGAAUUAUGGAAUCUUUGCAUAUUAUUAUUAAUUAUGUUUUUAUAUCUCACCUUUAAAUUGUCUAACAUAAUUCUUGGAUUAAUGUGAAACUUGUAUAGAAGAAUAUAUAUUAUCAAAAAGUAAGAAAUGCUAAGCUCUUUGUAAUAAUGGUAUUGUACAAGAAUAAGAAUUUUGUGAUGAUUCAAAUGAAAUUUAAUUUGAUGGAUGUUUUGAUUGCUAAAGUAGUUGCUAAUUAGAAUGUUUAGAAUGUUAUUAUUCUUCUUGUUUUCAAUGUAUCUAAGGAUGGAAUUUAAUUGAUUUCAGAUGUGUUUAAUUUUGUGGAGAUGGAUAAUUAGCAAUAAAUUCUCAAGAAUAAUGUGAUGAUCAGAAUAAUGAAAGUGGAGAUGGAUGUUUUGAUUGUAAAUUAGAAUGUCCUUAAAAUUGCAUGUAUUGUAAUGCUAAAAGUGAAUGUUUUAAGUGUCAAGAUUACUUUGAGAUUUAAAAUGAUAAGUGUAUUCCAAUUUGUGGAGAUGGAAUUAUUGUUGAAGGAUAUGAAAUAUGUGAUGAUGGUAAUGAUAUUAAGUAUGAUGGUUGUUAUUAAUGUUAAUAUUCUUGUUCAGAUAAUUGUCAUACCUGUAAUCAUUAAUUCUGUCUAGAUGAGAUUCUAAAAUGUGAUAUUGGAUUUUAAUAUUUAAAUAGUGAAUGUUCUUCAAUCUGUGGUGAUGGAAUUGUUGUUUCUAAUGAAUAAUGUGAUGAUACUAAUGAGCAUCCCUUUGAUGGUUGCUAUUAAUGCUAAUUUUCUUGUCCUUUUAAUUGUUAUGAUUGUACUGAAGGAUAAUGUUCAGAAUGUAUUCAAGGAUAUUAAUUAAUCAAUCAAUAGUGCCAAGAUAUAUGUGGCAAUGGCAUAAAGUCUGA